UUAUUUUAGACCCAAAUAAAAGAAUCAACUGAAGAGCCACCUGAAUUGCCAAAGGUUAAGGCAAUUACAACACUGCUUAAAUUAUGGUACACAGAAGAUUAUGAUGGUGAAGUAAUCUCUCUUGGCAUCAAAUCAGAUGGAACAUUUGGAAUUCCGCCAGGAAUAUUUUUUUCCCAACCCGUCGUGUUAAAAGACCACACUUGGAGACCAUAUGCAGAUUAUCCAAGGCCUGACAUAAAAAAGUGCGAUCUUGACGGCUUAAUAAACGGAGCAAUGUACAUGUUAUUGGAUCACGCGAAGGGUGUUAUUAUGCGCUACAGUAGUAUGUGGCAAUACGUUGAUUACGAGACGUUCAAGUUAGAAGACAGAAUUAAGAGGGAGGCAGCGUAUAGGUAUCCAGAAUACCCAGAUCCGUGGAAAGCAAUAAAAGAAAGUAGAAUAAGAAAUGAAAUUGGUAUAUCUAGAGCUCUUUAUCGAAUAGAGCUCAAAUGGAAACUUGAUGAACAAGAACGCCUUGGCCAUUAAUUUCUCCUUCCAAAAUAAUUGCUGUUUAACAGAAGAGGAAUGAAAGAUGGUGUUAUUAACAAAGAUGUGAAAAUAGUUUGA